CAAAGUUGCUAUCUUCUCUCAGAAGACGAAAAAAAAAAAAAAAAACUUUCAACGUUUAGAAUAUGGCGGAUCCACCUCUCUAUUCUCCGAUCAACCCACAUUUCUUCCAACCACUUCUUCCCGGUUUCACCAACCACCUCGUACUCUGUUUCUCCAUCUCUCUAUUUCUCUCUCUCUCUCUCUCAGACCAUGUUGUUUCGGUUUCUAACUCAUCUUCCAUGCUGUUUCAGGACAUUCCAGUGGCGUUCUUCUUGAAGCACUUAGUGGGAAGCAACAAAGGAACCACGGCUGAGCUAAGAUCAGACGCAUCAGAGAUGACAUGGAGAGUGAAGAUAGACGGCCGGAGACUCUCUAACGGUUGGGAAGAUUUCACCGUCGCACAUGAUCUUCGAGUUGGUGACAUUGUUGUUUUCAGACAAGAAGGAGAGUUAGUGUUCCAUGUCUCUGCUUUAGGACCAAGUUGUUGCGAGAUUCAAUACAGAGACAAUUACCCUGAAGAGGACAAAAUAGAGAAGCUUUGUGAUACAGAGAAAGUUUCAAGAAAGAAAAAUAGUUUAAAGAGAGAGGCAGAUUCUGCACCAGAACAUUCGCUAGGCUCUUGUUUUGUGGCCACUGUCACCGCUUCGAAUCUAAAGCGCGAUACAGUGUAUAUUCCGAAAGGUUUUGCAUUGUCAAAUCAUCUGAUGAACAAAUUUCAGAUUGUCUUAAUGAAUGAAGAAGGAGAAUCAUGGAAAAUAGACUUGAGACGCGAGACAUAUAGUCAUGGCCGGUUUUACAUGAGAAGAGGCUGGAGAAGUUUCUGUAUUGCGAAUGGGAAGAAACCGGGAGACUCGUUCGCAUUCAAAUUAGUCGAAAAUGAAGAAACACCUGUGCUCCAGUUGUUCCCUAUGACCAUUGAAGAUCUAGACAAACUUCAGAGCGUUCCAAGAGAAAAGAGUCGGAAAGUAGAAGCACCUCCUUCACCAGACCCUUCUUCGUUUGUAGCCACUGUCACGGCUUCAAAUCUGAGCCGCGAUAGACUGUAUCUUCCGAAGACGUUCAUUAUGUCAAAUGGUUUGUUGAAGAAAUUUCAGAUGCGUCUAAUGAAUGAAGAGGGAGAAUCAUGGACAAUAGACAUGAAACAUGAGGCACAUUCAGGCCGGUUUUUAACGAUAAGAGGCUGGAGAAGUUUCUGUGUGGCUAAUGGGAAGAAACCUGGAGACUUGUUCGAAUUCAAAUUAGGCCAAAAUGAAGAAACACCUGUGCUCCAGUUGGUACCCUUGAACAGUGAAGAUCUACACAAACUUGAGCCUAACAAUGACACAAGGCAAGGAAAGUGUUUAGAAGCUACCAAAAAAGAGUUUCUUUGUUUACAAGCCACAAAAAAGAAGUUUCUUGGCGAAGAAGUUUACCGUAAUGACUCCUUCAAAGCUAUCGAUGAAGAUAUAAGGAAAGGACAAUGUUCAAAAGCUAUUAAACAAGAAUAUGUUUCCACAGAAGAGAAUAACUCAACAAGCCAAAACCGAUUUGUGACCUUAACACUUACACCUUCAAGUAAACUUAAUCUUCCGGUGGAAUUCAUAAAGGGGAAUGGAAUCAACAAGGCGGGGAAGAUAACAAUGCUUGAUAGAUACGAUGCAAAAUGGCCGACGUCACUACUGAUGGACAAGAGAGGAACAAUGAGUUUAGGAAGAGGUUCAAAAGGUUUCUGUGAGGUUAACGGCGUUAAGAUGAAUGAGUCGUUUGUAUUGGAGUUGAUAUGGGAAGACACAGUUCCUCUUCUUAAGUUUUGUUCCAAAGUUUAAAAACCAUAUCAAGGAAGUUUAUGGCUCAAAGAAACUUUCUUUCAUUCAAUGGAUUUCAUUUCAAUGUUAAACAAUGCCGUUUAAAGCAUCAUUAAUUCAGAUAAUAUUGGUUUAA